ACCGGUUCCAGCGCUGCGUGUUCACACCGAACGCUUCCUUCGCCUGCAGCACCCAGAAGUGAACAGCAGGCGACCCGGAAGGUUUGAAGUCCGACUGAGAGCGAGCGGAGAGAAGAGUCCAAUCCUUUAUUUAAAAAAAGAGAAAAGAAAGAAAGAAAGAAAAGCAGCGGGUUGUGCUGGUGUCGGUGCUGGUUCAGGAUGGCUGAACCUCGCUUUAACAAUCCCUAUUUCUGGCCUCCACCUCCUACGAUGCCUGGACAGCUGGAUAACCUAGUCUUGAUCAAUAAAAUCAAGGAGCAGCUGAUGGCCGAGAAGAUCAGACCGCCGCAUCUGCCCCCCGCUUCAGCCCCUUCCCAGCAGCCCCUGCUGGCUCCCCCGAGCCAGGCGGAAGGCGGCCAGCACGGGAUGUCCAAAGCUCAGCAGAUGCAGGCCCUCCACAGCCACAGCCCGUCUCAGCCCGACAUCGCCCUGCACGCCCGCCCCGCCUCCAGCUCCGUCACAGGUCGUAUUCUAGGAGACGUAAACUUGAAUCUGGACGAUAAGGCAGCUAUAAAAGCCAGAGGGUUAUGGGAGGACUGGCAUCUGCGUCAGCUCAUCGAUCAUCCCUCCAGGACCAACCACGUCUCAGGUGUGGCGUUGGCGUCCAGAACGGGCAACCUGAACCCCUCAGAGAUCAUCACGCCCACCACGCCCACCUCCAGCAGCCACAGCCGCCUGGGUGGAGCCCCCACCCCUCACCUCAUCUCAGGGUUAGCCGGCGGACACGGCAUGGAGCCCGGGAAGAACCACGGGGGCUUCGUGGGGCUCCUCGGUCCUCCUCCCAAGGAGGAGCGGGGCCGUAAAAAGAUCAAGGCGGAGAACGGAUCCUCUCUUCUGGUGGUGCCCUACCCGAUCCUGGCCUCCGGCAACGACCAGUCCUGCGUCACCAUCACUGCAAAGGAGGGAAAAACCUACAGGUGUAAAGUUUGUCCGCUGACCUUCUUCUCCAAGUCCGACAUGCAGAUACACUCCAAAACGCACACGGAGGCGAAGGCCCACAAGUGUCCUCACUGCACCAGGACCUUUGCCAACGCCUCCUACCUGGCCCAGCACCUGCGCAUUCACCUGGGCAUCAAACCGUACCGCUGUUCCUACUGUGAGAAAUGUUUCCGCCAGCUCUCCCACCUGCAGCAGCACACCAGAAUCCACACAGGCGAUCGGCCGUAUAAAUGCGCUCAUCCAGGAUGUGAAAAAGCUUUUACUCAACUUUCUAAUCUGCAGUCUCACCAGAGGCAACACAACAAAGACAAGCCCUUCAAAUGCUCCAACUGCUACCGUGCCUACUCAGACUCUGCCUCGCUGCAGAUCCACCUGUCCGCACACGCCAUCAAAAACGCCAAGGCGUACUGCUGCAGCAUGUGCGGCCGGGCCUACACCUCAGAGACGUACCUUAUGAAGCACAUGUCCAAACACGCGCUGGUGGAGCACGUGGUGUCCCAUCACUCCCCCCAGCACAGGACAGAGUCUCCCGCCAUCCCUAUACGCAUCUCCCUCAUCUGAGCUCCUCGCCGGCUCCUGCCCUCCCGCCAGAGACGUUUCCCUGUGACACCGCCGCCGCCGACGGACCACGCGACCCGGGUUCCAAAAAAUGUGCCAGAUUGCCAGUAUUUUGUGAAGAGGUGCUCUUUUGACGAGCGUGCCCUCCCUUCGUUUUUUGCUGACCAGAUAGUAUUAUGGGGGACAUCCAAAGAUGAUUUCUCAGCACUUUGAGGCCUGAACGUGAAAGGCCUACCAUUUCUUUUUCUAUGUGACUUCACAGAAGAAAAGUAUUGCUCCAGGCAGCUACAUGGAAAAACCUUUUUGGACUUUUUUUUUGUGUUCCACAGAUUAAUUUGUCUUUUUGAUACGGUCUUUUACUUUCUUUAGUCAAGUCUUUGCAAAAAAAAAAAAAAAGCAAACUAUUCGCAUCAGAACUAGUCUUCCAUUAGCUGGGUGGCCACGUCAACAUAACGGUGAAUGCUUCUAUAACGUGUACUCAUGUGUAUUGUGCCACUUCCCAUGUCAGUGUUUCAUCAGUCGUGCGGCCAUAAAUGCACACAUUCAUCAUAUUUCAGCGUUUGUAUUCCUGCAGUUUCCUGUCGCCGACCACAGUCCGACCAGGACGGGCGACUCGUCAUCAGAUGGAUGGAUGUGUUUUCAUGUCUGUAUAUUAUUUUGCAGUGUUAGAAAGGUGUGUUCAAGGCAUUCCCUAAGUUCCAAAUCUGUUCUGCUAAAGUUUUAAAUUUAACUUGAGGCCAGCGCUCCUGAUUUGAAGUGUGUCAGACCGAGACAGUCAGUGGACCUGGAAGCCGCUGAAGACUGGAUUGAAGCUGUGACUCAGUGAAUGUGAGCGUCUGCAUUCAGUAAAGUGUUGCAGGUUAAACAGAAACGUGUUUUCUAAAGUUCAGUUAAGACUAAAAUGAUGUUGACUGAGAGUCGUUUGUUUUGCCAAAUUCAUAUUUAUGGUUUUAUUUUUUUCGUCCGUUCAUUUAUUUGAUGAGAUGCACAAAUAAAUGAAGACCUGCUGCCCCAGACGGUCCAGACCAACAUGAACAACAAGCUUCCUCCUUUUGUUUCCAGCUCUCAUGUGUAAUGGAAGAACCGACCAUUCUGAAUCUUGUUUUCCAUUUGAUUUAUGAGUUCAUAUUUGUUCCAUUUUAUAUGCAUAUAGGCCUUAACUUUGUUACGACUCUAGGGUUCAUUCUGUUGUUUACUUUUACAUUUGCCUUUUAUGUCAUGGCAUGAUAUAUACUGUAAAUAAACUAUAUCGACUGUCGACCCGUUUUAUAAUAAAUAGUUCUAUCAUUUCA